AUGCCAAUAGCCCAAUUUAAGAGUCUUUGUGCUUAUUGGAGUAAGGAAACUAUACAAGCAAUCAGUGAAAAUAACAUUAGAAAUAGAGCUCAACUAAAGUGGAUGCAUCGAAUGGGUCCCAAAAACUUUGCUUUGACUCGUGAAAUAGUGCGUGAAAAGGAAAAAAGAGAGCCCACUCAAUCAAAAAUGUUUGUUGAAACUCGAAAAGGAAAUAAAGGAAAGGAACUGGAUGUAGAAACUGGAAAAGUAAUUUCCCAACUUCAAGAAAUGGUUAAAAAGGAGGAAAGUGAUACAAAAGCUUUUAAAGUUGUUUUUGGAAAGGAGUGUCCAGGCAGGGUACGUUGUUAUGGGAGAAACAUAACUAAAACUUCCUUAAAGAGAAAGGCAGAGAUUAAUGCUUUGAAACAAGCCCACAGUGAAGAGGUCUCUACAUUAAGGGACGAGUUUCAAGAUAAGAUUGAUAGAUUGCAAAAUUCUUUUAAGACUGUAAUACAACAAUGCAAUCCUCAAAUUAAUAUAGAGUCAAUUGAAUAUUUGUUAGGAUUAUCUCAUGGAGAUGCUAAUAGUUCCCCAAAGGCUAUAAGACCGCAAAUUCAUUCAUCUACAUCAACUCAUGCUCCAUGUCAUGGAAAGCAAUGUAUCAAUGAAGAUGUUGAAAAGGACGAUAUAAAUGAUGAAAUUCAAGAGGACGACAUAAAUGAUAAAAUUCAAGAGGACGACCUAAAUGAUAAAAUUCAAGAGGACGACGUAGAUGACGAAUUUCAAGAGGACGACAUAGAUCUAGAUGAUGAAUUUCAAGAGGACGAUAUAGAUGGUGAAUUUCAAGAGGACGACCUAAAUGAUAAAAUUCAAGAGGACGACGUAAAUGACGAAUUUCAAGAGGACGACAUAGAUCUAGAUGAUGAAUUUCAAGAGGACGAUAUAGAUGGUGAAUUUCAAGAGGACGACGUAGAUGAAGAAUUUAUGGAGGAUGACAUAUCUAACGAAUUUCAAGAGGAUGAUCUGGAUGAUUUACUCUUAGAAGAUAAACUUGAGUGA